CAGAGAAGUCCUUCCCGACUUAUGAAUCAAAUGUUUGAGACCGAAAUUCAUGUGGAGCCAAGAUUAUCAAUCCAGGGGCAAAUGACUUGCAAGAUGGCCCAUAUAAGGGAAAGAAAUUCUAUUGUUCCAUUCUCCUUCAUCCCCAGAAUCUUCAAACUGCUAUCCACUACACGCAGGCCUCAAACAUGUCGAAGCUAUUCACGCCCCUUAAGAUCGGAGGGAGGACUCUCAGCAAUCGAAUCGCCAUGGCCCCCAUGACUCGUCUUCGCGCGGAUGCGUCACAUCUUCCCCUGUCCUCUGUGAAAGAAUACUACCAGCAACGCGCAAGCGUUCCCGGGUCCCUUCUGAUCACCGAAGCCACUGUGAUCAGUCCUCAACAUGGCGGAUAUGCCAAUGUUCCCGGAAUCUACAACGACCGUCAAGUGACCGCUUGGAAAGAAGUCACAAACGCUGUUCAUGACAAAGGGUCCAGCAUCUAUCUCCAGCUUUGGGCUUUGGGCCGGGCCGCGAAUCCAGCCUUCCUGAAUCAAGGAGGACACCCACUUCUCUCCGCUAGUGACGUUGCCAUGAAAAGCGCAUUCAGCGAUGAGAUCCACCAGCCUCGCGCGAUGACCGAGGAAGAGAUCCAGAACGCUAUCAUCGACUUUAGAAUUGCAGCAAAGAACGCGAUGGUCGCAGGAUUCGACGGUGUGGAAAUCCACGGAGCAAAUGGCUAUCUACUUGAUCAAUUUCUACAAGACGUAUCAAACAAACGAACAGACCAGUGGGGUGGCACCGUUGCGAAUCGAUCGAGACUCGCUGUCGAGGUCACCCGCGCCGUGGUCGCUGAAAUUGGCAACCAGCACACUGCGAUUCGCCUCACUCCGUGGAGCAGAUACCAAGGGAUGCGCAUGGCAGACCCGAUCCCCCAAUUCACGGACGUCGUUCAACAGUUGGCGCAGUUCCGAUUGGCAUAUCUUCACGCUUGUGAGGGCGACGAGAAAGAUCCUGCGGAAAGCCUCGGCUGGCUGAUGGAGACAUAUGGCGACGCCAGCCCCGUUUUGGUGGCGGGGAAUUAUAAUGCAGAAUCGGCCAAGUCUGCAGUCGACACGAAAUAUGCCAAUCAUGAUGUUGUUGUGGCUUUUGGUCGCCCAUAUAUCUCUAAUCCUGAUCUACCGUUCCGGGUGAAGCAUGGAAUCCCAUUCGCGCCGUUGGAUCCAGGAAGUAUGUACGGACAAUCGUCCGAGGGCUAUAUCGAUUAUCCUUUCAGUAAAGAGUUUUCAUCCAGCUCAUGA